GUGAGGAACUAACGUUAAUAGUGCCUUAUCAGUAACCAUAAUUGUGGAUUCAUAUUCAUCUUCAAUAUCAGUACAUAUUGUGGAUUCUAAAUUAGCACUGUAGCGUAACGAGGAUAUAAUCUUAAACCCAAACACCAGUUCUAGCCCACCGUCAGGACAGGGUGUGAUGCGGUCUUUGUUUUAGGUCCAUCAGUAUUUCAAAGUUUGCUAACUGCUGGUUCAACGACCCGCCGAAGAAGGAACACUCACGGGAUAAUCCUAUCGUUCCAGUCCCGCUUGAACUUGUCCGACCUCAACCGCAUUCAUGGCAUUUCACACCGACGAGGCUGAUGUUCUUAUGGAGACCGAUUUCAGGAAUAACUUUGUCGGUCGGUUAUUCGACAGCUUUGAUUCUUUCUAUUCACAUUUUACGGCUUUUAUGCAUCGUAACAACGUUAAUUUUGUCUGCUUUAGUAGCAAAAAAUGCAACGUUUCUAAGGUGAAGUACGAUCGCAUCUUAUACAAGUGCGUGCGCCAUAAACCCCGCCAUUCCCGAAGCCAAGGAAUUCGACGUGUCUUUUCUCGAGGCACCAACUGCAGCGCACGCGUCAAUGUCGCUCGGGUUGGUCGUAAGCUAAAAGUGUUAUCAUUCCAUCUGGCCCACAACCAUCCAUGCAAUCGGUUCCUUUACGAAAGACAUCCAUUGAACCGGCGCCUUACAGAAGACGAAUUCAACCAAUCUGCUGACUUGUUUAGAUACAAUACACCAACCAGGGAUGUCAUUCUAUAUAUCGAAAAUGCAUUCGGAAAGCGCGUCACCAGCGAUCAUGUCCGCAAUCUCCGUCGGAGAUUACGCUCCCCCGUGUCAUUUAAUAUGCGGCAGGCAAAUCAGACCAUGGAACAGGAUGGUGGGCAAACCAAACCGCCCCUGGGCUGUGCUCGUAACCAGCAGGUUGAAAUGUCUCUGCGAUCUCCACACGUUUGCGUAGAUGCAGCGCACGGUACAAACCGGCCAUCUGCGAAUAUAACGAUAUCAUCGACCCCAUUAACUUCCCCCGCAUAUGAUGAUAUCACUAAUGGUUUUGCGGCGGUGCCCUGCUGCAGCUAUGGAUCCUUGUCAGACAAUACAAGCAGUUCACGCGUCAAACCAAAGAUUACUGUCAUAUCCGCAUCCGUGGUAAAGCCUGUUUGCAAAGCUUCUUUUGAGUAACUCAUAACACACUGAUUCACCUUCCCUUCAGUGUUGUAGCCAUUGUACAGUUCUAUCUUUCCGACUGCACUUUCCCAUUCCAGUUUGCAUUGUUUAUUGUACAGCUAGUUUUAACUGACUAAAAUCUGAUAAACACUUCGAAUUUCC